AUGAUUCGCUCAAGUUGGUACACACUUGAUGUGCUACGUGCCCGAGAGACAGAAGAGGCUCGACCCGUCCUGGAGACAAUCGUGCAGCAAUCCAUACUUGAGCAGGCACAAGCUGCCGCGGCCGCCCAGACCGAUCCCACAAGAGCCACGAGACAGGAGGUCCCCCUGCAGAAGAUUGACCUCAUCACCCCCGAUGUAGGUGAGGACGACAUACCUCCUCCUACUUACGGCGAAAUUUAUGGCGAGAUCCGCGAGGACAAGGACGGUAUGGGCACCAGUGCCCGUGUCACCGAUGACGGCCGCGUCAACAUCCGCAUCAACCAGUUCAAUCGCCGUUUGUCACAGAUAUUUACCCCUACUUUACGUCAACAAGUCCAGAGUGCCCAGGAUAGUCGUCCGCCUCCUCCACCCUACAUCCCCUCUUCCUUGGGUGGCGAUGAGGGAAUCCCUCCACCCCCGCCCCUGAACAUCGUCAUCCAGGUCGUGGGAUCGCGUGGAGACGUGCAACCCUUCGUUGCCUUGGGGAAAGUCUUGAAAGACACCUACGGCCAUCGCGUGCGUCUUGCAACUCAUCCCAACUUCAAGGGAUUUGUGCAGGAGAAUGGCCUGGAAUUUUUCAGCAUUGGCGGCGACCCCUCCCAGCUGAUGGCCUUCAUGGUCAAGAAUCCCAGUCUCAUUCCGGGCUUUCGCAGUCUACUAAGUGGAGAUGUCGGUAGACGAAGAAGAGAUGUUGCCGAGUACAUUCGAGGCUGCUGGCGAUCUUGCUACGAAGCCGGUGAUGGAAUGGAUCUUCGUGCUACUGACGAUGACCUUGCUAACUUCCCUGAGAAUUACCCUGGCUCCGAGGCUACAGCAAGACCCUUCAUCGCUGACUGCAUCAUCGCCAACCCCCCAAGCUUUGCCCACAUUCACUGUGCAGAGAAGCUGGGAGUUCCGCUCCAUAUCAUGUUCACUAUGCCAUAUUCUCCUACCCAGGCCUUUCCCCAUCCGCUGGCCAAUAUUCAAUCCUCUAACGCCGACCCUCAGCUCACCAAUUACAUCAGUUAUGCUAUGAUCGAGGUCCUCUCAUGGCAGGGCCUAGGGGAUAUCAUCAACCGUUUUCGUGCGAAAUGUCUUGGGUUGGAUCCUAUCAGUCUGAUGUGGGCCCCCGGAAUGCUCCAGCGUCUCAAGGUUCCUCACACCUACUGCUGGUCUCCGGCCCUGAUACCUAAACCGAAAGACUGGGGCUCUUACAUAUCCAUAUCCGGAUUCUACUCUCUUAAUUUGGCCACUAACUACACCCCUGCCGCUGAUUUACAGGCAUUCAUCGACACUGGCCCACCCCCUGUCUAUAUAGGAUUUGGGAGUAUCGUCUUGGAUGAUCCUGACGCGAUGACGGAACUCAUAUUCGAGACCGCAAGGAAGACUGGGCAGCGUGUCCUUCUUUCUAAAGGCUGGGGAGGCAUGGGCAUGGACGGGCUCCGUAUCCCCGAUGGCGUCUUUAUGCUAGGCAACACGCCGCAUGACUGGCUUUUCCAACACGUCUCGUGCGUCGUUCACCAUGGCGGCGCAGGAACCACGGCGGCAGGCAUUACCGCAGCCCGGCCGACUGUAGUCGUUCCCUUCUUUGGAGAUCAACCUUUCUGGGGGACAAUGGUCGCGCGAGCAGGAGCCGGCCCCGAUCCAAUCCCUCAUAAACAACUUACUGCGGAUAAAUUGGCCGACGCCAUCAACUUCUGUCUGAAACCCGAGAGCCUAGAACGAGCUAGGGAACUAGCAAACAAGAUUGCGAUGGAGCGAGGCAGCGAUGUGGGCGCUCAGUUGUUCCAUCAAUAUCUCGAGGUCGACCGACUCCGUUGCGCCCUUGCACCAUCUCGACCCGCUGCGUGGCGUAUCAAGCGCACCCAGGUCAGGUUGAGCGCCUUUGCUGCCUGUACUUUGGCGAAUGCAGAUCUCUUGGAUUUCCAUGACCUGAAGCUCUUCAGACCGCAAGAAUACGAAACCGACCAAGGUCCUUGGGAUCCAAUUUCCGGAGCAGGAAAAGAGUUUGGCCUUGGCUGGUACGACGGCGUUACUGGCCUAGUCACUCAGCCGUGGAAAGGCGCCCAGAAAGAUGGUGCUAGCGGCUUUUUAAAGGGAAUCGGCAAAGGGAUGGGGGGCUUCAUAGCUAAGCCAGGUGCUGGCGUCUUGGGUAUCCUCGGCUAUACAAUGAAGGGGAUACACAAAGAGGUGCAGAAGUUAUUCGGGGCCAAUGUGCAAAACUACAUUGUCGUGUCCAGGGCAGCUCAAGGAUACGAAGAGUGGCUACAGAGCUCUGAUAUAGAAAAGCAAGAUGUCAUCGAUCGGUGGAGGUUGAUCCAGAAAUAUUUAAAGAAAAAAAGCAAACCCAACGAGAUGGUACAAGAUGUCUUGGAAGCACAGCGAAAGAUGAACAUGAAGAAUGGAGAGACGCUUCAACACUGCGGACGUACGGCGAGUUCCUCUCAGUUCGCCAAUGCAGAAGCUCUGACUCGAGACCCCGAGACUGCCAUACUCGCAAUGGGCGGUGCACAGUCCCCAGAAGAAUCGUUGGAAGCGGUUGAAGUCAACGGAACUAUUCAAUUGCUAGCCGAGGAGGCUUCACGUAGAGGCACAGAAGAGGAUGCCGAUGCGGAGUGGUCUAUUCGGGGAAACGUGUCUCAGUUUCGGCGUCAACGACAAGAAGCUGCAGAUCAUCAGACAGAUGAGGAAAAUUUGCGUCAGGCCAUGGCGUUCAGCCAAGCCGAAGCUCAGCGGCAAGCAACCGAAGCAUUAGAGUAUGAGAAGCAGCUGCAGCGAGCCGUGGCGCAGAGUCUGGAGGACCAGAGACAGAGGAGUAGCCACAGUGAAUGGGACUUAAAUAUUGAUCUCGGUGAUGAUAAUGAUGAUGAAAAACAUGUUCAAUCCUAUGGGGGAAUAAAAAAACACCGAAAGAUGGCGGAGAAGGCGGGAGCCGUGGCUGGCGGGUCGCUAGGCGUCCAGGGACCAUCUUCAUAUGAUCCGGGGUAUCUUGCGGGCACCGCUCAAAGUAAAUUCGAGGCGCAACAACAGGGACUGCGGGGGGAGAAUGUGUUCCAAGAGAGAACAGAAGAAGAGAUCGUGAUGGAGUACGUCAAGAAGCAGAGUCUUUUAGAGGUGCACCAUCAAAAUAACAAAGGCAAGGGCCGUGCCACAGCGAUAUAG